AUGCCCGAAUUUUUGCCAGAACAAGUUCAAGGCGUGAGUGAAAGAGUUGUCUCCGUGGCUGGCAUCUCAAACUCCUGCAACAUGGAUUUGAUACCAGCCCCAAGCGGAGCGGAUUCGUUAAAGUCCCCCGUGGUUGAAGUGGAGGCUGUGGACGUGGACCAGUACAUUGAGGCCAACGCGCCGGACCUCACAGUGGACCCGAUCUCCUCAGAUCCGGAAACAGAUGGCGAGGAUUCAGAUGGCUGGGAGGGUAUGUCUAACUGUUCGGAUGCCAUUCAGUUCUUACGCGACGAGCAGAUCCGCGACGGGCUCGUUCCCGGCGCUUGUACUUUAGAAGAGGCUACUGCAUAUCGAAAGCGUCUACAUGCGAUCGGCAAAGCGGCAUUUGUGGAAGAGACCAUCGUUCGCGAGACCAUCACGGCCAAAAAGCUAUGCACGGCAUUUGGUAUCAUGCCCCCGGCAUUCCUCGAUGGCGCCCCCGAUGAGGCCUAUCACUCUCUUCUAGCGAUUGCGAUUUCGCGCGAAUUCUCCCGAAGGACCAAGCUUCCCCAAUACAACACUAUCGACGACGCUGUGCGUCUCCUUCGCGAGUCCAAGAACAUCAUUGUCCUGACAGGCGCGGGUAUCUCAACUAGUCUGGGCAUUCCCGAUUUCCGUUCUAAGGACACCGGUCUCUAUUCCAAGCUCGAACACCUGGGCCUGAGUGAUCCCCAAGAGGUCUUUGAUAUUAAUGUCUUCCAGGAAGACCCUAGCAUUUUCUUCUCCAUCGCAAAGGAUAUUCUCCCAACCGAAAAGAAAUGGUCGCCUACCCAUGGAUUCAUUCGCCUUCUCCAGGACAAGGGGAAGCUGUUGACCAAUUACACGCAGAAUAUUGACAAUAUCGAAGGAAAUGCAGGAGUACUCCCGGAAAAGAUGGUACAGUGCCAUGGAUCAUUUGCGACUGCUACCUGUGUCAAAUGUCUGCACAAAGUCAACGGCGAUGCGAUCUUUGAUGAAAUCAAGGAAGGGAACGUUCCCGAAUGCAUCGUUUGCAAGGAGAGGAUUGCAGAAGACGCGUUAAAAUCACAAGGACUCAAGCGCAAGCGGAGCGCGAACGGGCAUCAAAAGGACCGCAAGGUCUCUGAUGAUAGUUCGGAUGAGGGUGACUAUGAAAUCCCCACCCCAGGAGUGAUGAAGCCCGAUAUUACCUUCUUUGGCGAAGAUCUUCCCGAUGAGUUUGGCCAGCGUCUGAUUCACCAUGAUCGGGAAUUGGUGGAUCUAGUCAUUGUGAUCGGAACAUCGUUGAAGGUGGCCCCUGUGGCAGAAGUCCCGGGAAUUCUACCACGCAACGUCCCGCAGAUCUACAUAUCGCGGACUCCGGUGUCACAUACCGACUUCGAUAUUGAUCUCUUGGGUGACUGUGACGUAGUGGUAUCGGAGCUUUCUCGUCGGGCUGGCUGGGAUUUGCAGCAUCAUAUGAUUCCCGCUGAUGAGAAAGUGGAUGUUAGCACGGUGGAAGGAUACGAAUCACGACAUGUUUUUAAGGUAGUUGGUGCAUAG